CCCCCGCCUCCCUCCCGCCAGCUCCGCAGCGCCAGCUCGGCAGGCGCGGGGCGAGAGGCUAGGGCGCCAGUGUGAGGCGGCAGCGCGGGGCGCAACUUUCUCCUCAGCCCGCGCGGGUCCCGCCAGUGGCGAGGCGGCGCACCUAGCCCGGCACCCGGGCCCUUGCCCUAUGUCCCGCAAGGCGAGCGCGAAUGCGGAGUACACGCUGCGGAGCCUGGGCAGCCUGAUGGGCGAGCGGCGCCGGAAGCAGCCGGAGCCCGACGCGGCGAGCAGCUCCGGGGAGCGCAGUCUGUUGGCGGCUGAGGCGGGCGCCGGCCUGGAGCGCGCGGGCGCGGGCGCGGGCGCCGACCUGGAACGCGCGGCGCGGCGCCAGUUCCAGCAGGAUGAGACCCCCGCCUUCGUAUACGUGGCCGCGGUGUUCUCGGCGCUCGGCGGCUUCCUGUUCGGCUACGACACCGGAGUGGUGUCUGGGGCUAUGCUGCUCCUCAAGCGGCAGCUCGGGCUGGACGCGCUGUGGCAGGAGCUGCUGGUGUCGGGCUCGGUGGGCGCGGCGGCUGUGGCGGCGCUGGCCGGCGGGGCCCUGAACGGCGUGUGCGGCCGCCGUGCCGCCAUCCUGCUGGCUAGCGCGCUCUUCGCCGCCGGCUCCGCCGUGCUGGCCGCCGCGGGCUCCAAGCAGGCGCUGCUGGCCGGCCGUCUGGUCGUGGGACUGGGCAUCGGCAUUGCUUCUAUGACAGUGCCAGUGUAUAUUGCAGAAGUCUCACCACCCAACUUAAGAGGCCGAUUAGUCACCAUUAACACCCUUUUCAUCACAGGAGGGCAGUUCUUUGCCAGUGUUGUUGACGGAGCCUUCAGUUAUCUCCAGAAGGAUGGAUGGAGGUACAUGUUGGGACUUGCAGCAAUCCCUGCAGUUAUACAGUUUUUUGGUUUUCUCUUCUUGCCUGAAAGUCCUCGAUGGCUUAUUCAAAAAGGACAGACUCAGAAGGCGCGUAGAAUUUUGUCUCAGAUGCGUGGUAACCAGACCAUUGACGAGGAGUAUGAUAGCAUCAAAAACAACAUUGAAGAAGAGGAAAAAGAGAUUGGCUCAGCUGGACCUGUGAUCUGCAGAAUGCUGACUUAUCCCCCAACUCGCCGAGCUUUAAUUGUGGGUUGUGGUCUACAAAUGUUCCAACAGCUCUCAGGCAUUAACACCAUCAUGUACUAUAGUGCAACCAUCCUACAGAUGUCUGGUGUGGAAGAUGACAGACUGGCGAUAUGGUUGGCUUCAGUGACAGCUUUCACAAACUUCAUUUUCACACUUGUGGGAGUGUGGCUUGUUGAGAAAGUGGGCCGUAGAAAACUUACCUUUGGUAGUUUAGCAGGUACCACUGUAGCACUUAUUAUUCUUGCCUUGGGAUUUCUACUCUCAGCCCAGGUUUCCCCACACAUCACUUUCAAGCCAGUGGCUCCAUCCGGUCAAAAUGCUACUUGCACAAGAUACAGUUACUGUAAUGAGUGCAUGUUGGAUCCAAACUGCGGUUUCUGCUACAAGAUGAACAAAUCAGCCGUCAUUGACUCCUCCUGUGUUCCAGUUAAUAAAGCAUCUACCACUGAGGCAGCCUGGGGCAGAUGUGAAAAUGAAACCAAGUUCAAAACAGACGAAGUAUUUUGGGCUUACAAUUUCUGCCCUACGCCGUACUCCUGGACUGCACUUCUGGGCCUUAUUUUGUAUCUUGUUUUCUUUGCACCUGGGAUGGGACCAAUGCCUUGGACUGUGAAUUCAGAAAUAUAUCCCCUCUGGGCAAGAAGUACAGGAAAUGCCUGUUCAUCUGGAAUAAACUGGAUUUUCAAUGUGUUGGUUUCACUGACAUUUUUGCACACAGCAGAAUACCUUACGUACUAUGGCGCCUUCUUCCUCUAUGCCGGAUUUGCAGCCGUGGGACUUCUUUUCGUCUAUGGCUGUCUUCCCGAAACCAAAGGGAAAAAGUUAGAGGAAAUCGAAUCGCUCUUUGACAAUAGGCUAUGUACAUGUGGCACUUCGGAUUCUGAUGAAGGAAGAUACAUCGAAUACAUCCGGGUUAAGGGAAGUAACUAUCAUCUGUCCGACAAUGAUGCUUCUGAUGUGGAAUAACGUAGUUACCUAGAUAAGUGUAGGACAGAGGUAGCAGCAGGAACCUUGCUGCCCUCCUCCUGAUGCAGUCCUUCUCAAGGCUCAUUCCAAAAGACUUCCAAUUUUAGAAUAUUUGACAAGAAAUGCAACCCUGACCAUUUUUUUUCAUAAAAAUGUAAAAAAAAAAUCGAACUUUUAAUCUAAUAAUUCGGAAGCAAGUCUGAAAUGAAUACUGUACCCAGUGACCUCAGUGGUACCCUUUUUUCCAAAAACAUACAUCAUUAGUGGCAAAAGGGACACUGCUAAUCUAGCCAAAAUUCUGUAUAUUAAGGAUUCUGCAAGUUGGUCCAAGGGUGUUUUAUGUCAAAACAAAGCCUAUUCACCUGAAUUUUUUCAAAUGGCUAGUAGCUUAUCUGUGGUCAGCUGAUAGAAAAUAAAUUCCAUUUCAGCUUUCAUCACCAAACUCAAAAGUAUGUUCUAAAAGAGCACGGCUGUCCUUAUCUCCUUUGGUUUCCACAUUUUGGCUUCUCUCUCCACUUCAGAUAUUAAAAGUUCUUCAGAGACUGACUGACUACUAGGAUCUUCUGAACAUUAUUGAAAGCAGGUCUUUUAGGGAUUAUUUUCAUACCUUCUUUGCAUCAGUGGUAAGUAUAUUUGCACAGAUAAGCUAGCAAGUUUUGAUAAGUAUAUUUUAUUGUCAAAGAAAGAAAAGAUUUUUAUAGAUCCCUAAUUCAUUAGCUGCUCAGAACUGCAGUUGUAAAUGCAAAAUAGUGCCAGGACUUUGUCUGUAUUUCAGGGUCAUUUUUUGUUUAUGACAAACUCGCAUCUUCAUUGGCUCUGGAGUCCUACUCUUUUGUGCCUUCAUUGGUGUUAUAUAAAUAGCUGCUAGCUAGCAUAUUAGUAUUCCCUUUUAAUCCAACAGUAAUUUCUGAAAUGAGAGAGGAAGGAAAUCAAUAGCAGAAAUAGCUCUGCUGUUCUCAAUGUUGUAUUAAAAUCAUGGACUUACUUUUCCUUUUUUUAUUAACUCUUGUGAAGGAAAUCAAAAAAUUUUAGUAAUUGUGUUUGUCUUUGUUUACUAUAACAACAUAAACUAAUUUUUAUUUUGCACAUCUUUUUUUCAUUUUCCCUGACAGUUUACCAAAAAUCAAAGACACUUACAUUUGUCUCAUCUUUUUCCGUUAGCCCAUGGUUGGCUUAGUUUUUGUCUAAAAAUUGAGAUUUUUCUUGGGAACACAUAAAUGGUUCUAAUGUCUAUAAUGCUGACUUACUGAAACGGCAUUUCCAUACUGUGUUUUCAAAGUGUUUUCUCCGGUUUCUGUGUUUGUGUGUCACUAAACACUUACUUAUUGCCCUUCUGUUAAGAACUUGCAGUACAUACAAAAUUACUUGCUCACAUUGCCAGUUUACUAAAAAUAUGAGUAAAUUGGUUAUGGCCAGUUAGGAAUAAACCUACUGGCAUACCAUGUUUGGGGUGAAAAUGUGGCUCUCGAUAAAUUCAAAAUAUUUCUGCCAGCCUCCAAGAUGUUUUGUUCUUCUUAAGUUUGGCUUGUUCAUGUCACAACCAGCAAGCUAAAAAUGUUGCUGAGGAAACUUACUCCCUCCCAGAAAUACUUAAAGCAGACACUUCAGUACCCUAAAAACCUUUCAACCAAAAAAAAAAAUCUCCAUUUAAUCAUUUCAUAUUAACAAAUUUAGUGUUUUAGAAAGUAGUUUUUCCUUGUAUUAGGUGCUUUGACAGUUGAUUUCCCCCAGAAAACCAAUCUAAUAGGAAAAUUAUUUGGUAUUUCUUAUCUGUAAGAAAUUUCUUAUCUGUGUAAUAUUUUAACAGAUAAAAUGAAAAUGAGCUAUUAUGUGAUAAAAUCACAUUAUGGGGGAGAAAAAUAUUUUGAGCAGUGUUCUCUUUAAAAAACUUUUUCUGAGUUGUUCAAAUAAAUGCCUCAAUUCUCUUAUUCUAUAUAUAGCCUUAAUUAUAUACUUACACUCAGCUGGGCUGGUGCACAGUAACUUUAUUAAAGGAGCAACUAAACAGUUUAUUUCCUAGAGCAAAACAUGGCUUGUUCUCCCUGACCUAACACAGUAUUUCCAACUUUAUAUCCGUAAAUGCACAUAGUACCAGGGAAGACCAGCCACAGUUCUCCUGCCCUUUUCCCUUCAGCCCCUUCUUUAAAAGACUUAUUUGUUAUUUAUAUAGUUAUAAUAAUAUCCCAUGUUUGAAGUAAAAGACAGAAAGGCACAGUAUAAGAAUUAUUUAUAACUUUUAAAAAUAAUUAUGUGAAAAGGAACAUUUGUAGUAUAUUAGAAAUUAAAGUUUAAAUAUUACAGUUUUUUUAUAUUAUACACCUUUUAUGUUUUCAGUGUUUUGGGCUACUAUAAACUUGAAAACAUCCCAUCUGAGAUAUUAUCAUAUAUAUAUAUAUUUUAUAAGACAAUUUGUAUUUGGUGUGAUUUGACCUGCCAUAUUACAACAGACACAGACCAAGUAUCAACUAAAAUAACAGGUUUCCUUCUAAACAUGCUGCAAAUUCAACAGAAGUAUAUUUUGUUUUAGGAAAAUAUAGUGAAAAAGCGUCAUGUGUGCUUCUGAGGCUUAGCUGGAUGGUCACCACUAAAAUUAAAGAUACCAUUUUUCCUACAUAUAAACAUAUAGUGCUGAAUGUGAUGUCAUAAGGCUUGCUGUUAAUAUUUUUCUUCUAUGUAAGCAUUGCUAAUAAUUUUGUUGCACCUUAUUCAUUAUCUAAAACACUUUUAUAUAUAGAAAGUCUGUGUAAGAUGGCUUCAUUUGAAAUUUUGUCCCCAGUCAUAUGUUAGUGGUUUGCUGAGAGAAAGUGUUACAGGAGUGAUGCUAAAGUCUUUUUCAUAAUUUACCACUGAUCUAGAUUUUAGUGCAGUCUAUUAAGUUACCAACUCUAAAAUAGAUUAUCAAAGCAAAGAAUUAUCAAAUUUUUACGGCAGUUUCAGUAUCUGAUAAACAGAAGGAUGAUUAGGAAAAACGUAACUUGUGAACUUACUCUUUGUUCUUUAAUGGCAAAGUAAAAUUGAAAUGUAUUCCACUAGUCCAUAGAUUCUAGAGGUAAGAAGAUGGAAUAUUUUAGAAAAUUCCACGUUACCUUAAAAACCCUCACAAUUUAAUUACUAAUUCAUUAAAUCUGUAAUAGAAGAGGAAGGUGGGAGAUUGUUGUGAUUUGAUAUAAUCAGCACCAUUAAGAAUGAUUAUAAUCAGAUUUUUGCACUAUUUUCUAUAAAUUAUUCUAACAUGAUUUUUUUCAGUUGUUGAAAUAAGUUUUCAGUUACUAGAUCUGGACUACUCUACCAACUAAAAAUAAAAGCAUUAGAUGGCACAACCAGCCUAGAAGCAGGAAAGUCAUAUUUGCUUUAGAGCAAAUGCUACUAAGUUGGGGUAAUUCACCCCUCAUAGGCCUGCUGCCUACUAAAAAAAAAAACUUCAAAAUUGUUCUCUGGCUUUUAGUGUCCUCUAUUCAGUCACUUUCUAACAGCCUUCGUAGCCUCAUGUACAUAAUGUUAAGCUAAUUUGAUAAAGUGGUUCAGAUCGUACCAACAUAUUAAUUGCCGUAUAUUCAGUUCUUCUGGGUGAGCAAUACUACUGCUAUUGUCCAGAAAUAAUCAUUCAAAUAUGCCAAACAGCUAACUGCUACCAACUCUUUCAUGUGUCUUUAAAGAAAGGUUUUGUGCCAAUAAUCAUCAGAGAAGUGUUUUGUAAGAGAGUCAACAUUCAGAAAUAUGUAAAGUAUCUUAGCCUUAUAAUUAGCUUGUAAGUUAUAAAAAUAUAAUUCUCAUAAAUCUUUACAUGUAUAAAAUACAGUCUGUUGUACUUAAGUAAUUUGGUCUACAAAAUACCUUUGUUUACCAGUAAUACCAGUAAUACUUUAGACAGCAUUUCAUGUCUUUGGUUCUGGCAUAUCAGCAUAAAAGAGAAAAAGAACAUGAUGUUAAAUAGCACUUAAAAUCAAAACCAAUAAUUCACAAAGUUUAAGAAUAUAAUAAAAUGUGACAUCAUUCCUUUCUCAUUUAAAGGUUAAAUAUCAGGGUUAAUUAGCUAAAGUACAAUUUUAUGUUCUGCACAUCCAAACUGUUUCCUAGCAGCUUUUGGACUGUAUCUCACUUGAUGUCAUAGUAUCUUUUAUUCUUUAUAAAUGUUAAAUUUCUAUUUAGAAGCUUUAAUGUACAUCUAGAUUAAAUCGAAAGUUUUAUGCUUUUUAAAAUAUAUGUAUUUUCAAACUGUAUUUUAAUUUCUGAAUGCAUGUUACAUAGUGUUUAAUACUUCACCUGUCUUGGCAAAUUUCAAUGUAUUUAUUCCCACAUACGAUAAUUUGGAUUCUCUCUUUAAAAUUGUGAAUAUGUACCAUUCCCUGAAAUCAUCCUAGCCUUUCUGUAUCAAAAGUAUUGUAUAUUUUAUGGAGAUUUAGUGAUAUACAUGUAAAUGUUUUUUAAGUUAUUUUAUUGUUCAAUCUUUACAUAAAAUUAAGAUUUUUUUAAAAAAAAGUGUCAGUGCCAGAACUGUAAAUGAAAAUAAUCAAAUAAAAGAUAAAAAAGAAGUA